CAAUAUUGGAUGAGUUGUUGACAUUAACACCAAAACAAAUCUUUUUUGGGAACCGUUUGGUGAUCACAACAGACAAUAGACAUGAAUGACUCCAAACUCGAAACCGAGAUGUCAGAAGUGGACAACACUUUGGCCGAAGAUCUGGUCAAAGAAGUGCUCCAAUCGGGCGUCGAUUUGCGAUCGUAUAGUAAAGAAGUGGAGAAGUCUUUGACGGACAUCGAGAACGCGUCGGUCAACGACUAUAUCGUUCAGUCGGAAGCGAUCGCCGAAUUGCAUAAAGAGAUCACUUCUUCGGAUCAGAUUCUGGAGCGCUUGGAAGGGAUGUUGUGCUCAUUUCAGGCCGAUUUGGGAAACAUCUGUCAGGAGAUCCUGUCGUUGCAGGAGUUGUCCGUCUCUUUGAACCAAAGGCUCAAAAACAAGCAAACGAUUCGUUCAAAUCUAAGCCAAUUCGUGGACGACAUGAUUGUGUCGGAAGCGGUCAUCUCUCACAUCGUCGACACUCCCGUCUCUGAGAAGGAGUUCUUGGAACAGCUGUACGUCUUGGACCACAAGAUCUGUUUCGUGAAGGAGCAGUCGUUUCGCGAGGCCAAGAGCUGUUCCGAUGUCCUCCAGAUUCUCAACAAUCUGAAGAUCAAAGCCAUCACUAAAAUACGCGAAUACUGUCUGAAGAAAAUCCAUUCGUGCCGUAAAGCGAUGACAAACUAUCAAAUACCGCAAAACGCGUUACUCAAGAACAAGUUCUUCUACCAGUUCCUGAUGACACACGACCGGGAAGUGGCGCGAGAGAUACAGACCGAAUACAUCGAGACCAUGAGUAAAGUGUACUUCUCGUACUUCAAGGAGUAUUUGCACCGAUUGUCUCGACUCCAGUUCGACGACGUGCCCGACAAACACGACCUCAUGGCCAGCGAAGACACGGGCGCCAAAUCGCACUCUUCGCUCUUCGCCAGCAAAUACACGCUUAAGAACCGGUCGACUGUUUUCUCGAUCGGCGAUCGCGAGACUAUACUGACCACCGAUUUAGAGGCGCCACUCAUUGUGCCGCACGUGGCCAACAAGAAUGUGACCAAAUAUUCGCUCGAGAGUCUGUUCCGUUCGCAUGAGUUCGCACUCGUGGACAACGCGUGUCGCGAAUACCUAUUCAUAUCGGAGUUCUUUAUGGCCACUCAAAGCACAGCUCAAGAGUUGUUUACUCUAGUGUUGGGCAAAACUUUCUCACUGAUGACCAAACAUAUUGAGGAUCAGUUUGUGUCCAGUUAUGACUCGAUUGGUCUCUUCGUCUGCCUUCACAUCAUAUAUCGAUACCGACUGUUGGCGAAGAAGCGAACGGUUCCCACACUUGAAACCUAUUGGGAAUCGAUUGUGAAGAUAAUUUGGCCGCGAUUUGAGUACGUGUUUACACUUCACUUAAUGAGUAUUAAACAAUGCGAUACAAGUAAACUGACAAACAUUGAGACCACUCGACCUCAUUAUAUCACCCGACGAUACGCCGAGUUUUCCGCUUCGGUUAUGAUAAUCAACGACACGUUUCCCGACGAACGGGUGUCCAAUCUGUUGGGCGCUCUUCAGAACGAAGUGGAGAAUCUGAUCCUUAAGAUGGCCUCACUAUUCAAAGACCCUAAAGAGCAGCUCAUAUUCAUUAUCAAUAACUAUGACAUGAUUUUGGGAGUACUUAUUGAACGCAAGAAAGAGGACUCAAAAGAGUCCGAAAAUAUUAAACAACAGCUAAAUAAACGGAUUCAGGACUUUGUCGAAGAGCUUUUGUGUCCGCAUUUCGGAGCAAUGAUUGCAUUCGUCAAAGACUGCGAGUCUUAUAUCGACCGCAACGACUCGGAAGCGCUUCAACGCCAGGAGACCAAAGUGACGGAUCUGAUUAAGUCAUUCAACAGCGGAUGGCGUAAAGCACUCGAAGACAUCUCCCGGGAAGUGAUGCACUGUUUCACAAACUUCAAGAACGGCAAUAAUAUCCAACAGUCGGCACUGACGCAGAUUAUCCAAUACUAUCACCGCUUCAGUAAAAUAGUCUCACAAAACCCGUUCAAAAACAAUCCGAUCCGAAGCGAACUCAUUAACAUUCAUCAGCUUAUGGUUGAAGUGAAGAAAUAUAAGACCAACUUCUGAG